AUGUCUUCGAUCGCGAGUUUAAGUCUGCUAGUCGUUUUCAUUGCUACGCUGCAAUAUGUCGCAGAGGCAUACUCCGAGACACAGGCCCAGGCUUUUUUGGAUCUGUACAAUGAAAACGCUGCGGUUGUUUUUUCAGAUUACACGCAUGCAUCGUGGAGGUAUUCAACUAACCUAACACAACAUAAUCGAGAUAUAAAGCAAAUUGAAGCUGGGAAAGCUGCAAACUUUUCUUCAACUUCAGCUGAGAAAGCGAAAAAAUACUUAAGCGAUGUAGAUGACUACAGUGAGCCAGUUGCCAGGGAGCUUAAUUUCAUCGCCGCCAUAGGAACAGCUGUUCUUGAUGACGAGGAUUUCGAACAAUUACAGAAUGUUCUAGCCAACAUGAGUUAUUUUUACGCCACUGGAAAAGUGUGUAAACCAGAUGACAACACUGACUGCCAUGCACAGGAUCCUUAUUUGACAAGUAUCAUGGCAAACUCGCGAGACUAUGCCGAACGCCUAUGGGUAUGGGAACACUGGAGAAACAAUGUGGGUCGACCAAUGCGUCAGCUUUAUUCUGAUUAUGUUACACUGAAGAAUAAGGCAUCGGUUAUGAAUGGAUACGAAGAUUAUGGUGAUUACUGGAGAGGUAAUUAUGAAGAUGAUGAUCUAGAGGAAGACAUGGAACAGAUGUAUGAAGACAUAAAACCAUUAUACGAGAAACUCCAUGCAUAUGUACGAUAUCGAUUGAAAGAGGUGUAUGGUGAUAAGAUAAACCUUGAUAAGGGAUGUCUACCAGCUAAUGUAUUAGGUGACAUGUGGGGGCGCUUUUGGAAUAAUCUCUAUAGCCUCGUCGAACCAUAUUCCGGUGGAACAAACGUUGACGUCACCGAUGAAAUGAAAGCACAGAACUACACGGUUGACAAAAUGUUUCAUACAGCCGACGAUUUCUUCACGUCCAUGGGGUUAGCAGAAGCGCCCCCACCGUUCUGGGAGGAAUCUAUGUUUGUCAAGCCAACUGACCGAUUAGUUGAAUGCCAUGCCACAGCAUGGGAUUUCAGUAAUGCCCAUGAUUUCCGGGUUCGUAUGUGUACAGAGGUCAACAUGGACGAUCUGAUGACGAUACACCACGAAAUGGGACACAUUCAGUACUACUUACAAUAUAAACACCUACCAAUUGAGUUUCGUAGUGGCGCCAAUGAGGGUUUCCACGAGGCUGUAGGCGAGGUCAUUGCAAUGUCUGCCGCUACCCCAGAACAUCUUUACUCGAUUGGUUUAAUGACCGAACUUCCAGACGACUAUGAAUCGGACAUUAAUUUUCUGAUGAAGCAAGCUUUAACAAUGGUUGCUACGUUACCAUUUUCCAUCGCGUUGGAAAAAUGGCGCUGGGAAGUAUUUCGAGGAAAUAUACCAUACAACGAAUGGACAAAGCAAUGGUGGGAGAUAAAGAAUAAAUAUGCUGGGGUUGUUGAGCCUGUUCGUCGAACUGAAGACGAUUUUGAACCUGGGGCAAUGUUUCACAUUGCUAACGACUACUCGUUUCUAAGAUACUACACCCGGACUUUCAUACAGUUCCAGUUCUAUAAAGCCAUGUGCGAUGCCAAAGGAUGGGACAAGGACAUAUUCAAGUGUGACUUUUACAAUUCAACAAGUGCCGGCAAACUUUUAAGUGAUAUGUUAGCACUCGGUCGCAGUGUUUCGUGGCCUGAUGCCAUGGAAGCCAUUGCUGGCACUGACACAAUGGAGUCGGGUCCGUUGUUGGCCUAUUUCAAACCGUUGGAUGAAUGGCUUACUCAGCAACUCGAUAACCUUGGAUUAUCGAAUGAAGUCGGAUGGGAUCCGAAAUGCUCGUGGAAACCAUACCACGUGGAUUCGAAGAACCAAAAUCAGAUGGAGGUCGGUGUAUGA